AUGAGAAGCAAAAGCCAGAGAGCAGGCUGGGAGGAAGCCGAGCAGCCCGGCGCAGAUGGUUGGAGGCCUCUGUGGCGGGUACUCCGGAAUCUGGAGAGUGGGACUAGGAGGCCGGCUUGGAGCAGAGCCUGCACUCCAUUGGCUGAGAGGGUCGGGACUGCCCGGAGCCCCUCCCUCAAGGCCACAGAGGAGCCAGGUGCUGCACUCUCAGGCCCACUGAUGGGGCAAGCUGGCCAGCUCAAAUCUCAGCCCAAAGCCCCACGGGAGGAGGGGGGGACAUCUCAGGGCUCCGGAGCCCGGCACUGCCAGCCGCGGUUGACCCAGAGCAGGCCCGUGACCCGGGAUCCAGCUGCAACCCGAGGGGUCCCCGAGCGCCCAAUGGCGGGCAGGGAGGGGGGAAGAAAUGGGGCUGGAGUGGCCAGGAGUCGCUGCCAGCUGGCCCAGGCAGGUUUGCCAAGGGGGGUUGUGACAGGCCUGGGGGCCCGGGGCUUCGGGCGACCUAGCGAAAAACGCCCGGCCCCAGGGGCCCCGCCCGUUCCCCGCCCGUUCCUCCCCCCAAACCCCGGCCGCCGGGCUGGGGAGCUGCCCCGCUUGGAGUGGAACGAGGCUGCCUGUGCUGAGGGACUCAGUCCAGCCCGCCCGUUGCGGGUCCAGCCUCCCUCGCUGUGCCCUUCCCCGGACUGCCGCCCCUCCGGAUCCUGCUGCCUCCCGCCUCUGGCCCCCCACCCUUGGGCCCCGGCUCCCCCUUUGGGGCUGAAGCUCCGGGGAGGCGGGAGGAAGUCGGGGACAGCGGGAGCCCCGGCCCAGAGGCGGCAGAGGUCGGGCGUGGUGGGACGGGGGAGGAAGGCGCCGGGACGGGUGGGGCUCCCAAGGGCCGAGGUGCCCCCCGUCCCUGCCACCCUGGAGCGGAGCCCCAGCUCCCUCGGCUCUUACCUGGGAGCCGCCCGCACCUGCGGCGGGCUGCCCGGGGCCCGGGCCCGGAGGGGAGGACGGGGAAGGGAGGGCCCGGCUGGGGACCGAGAAGCAGAGGGGGCGAGUGAGAAACGAGGGCCGGGCCGCGGGGAGGGGCGACCUUCUGGGUCCGCGGCUCAGGCCCGACCACCGGUGCUCCCGACCGGAUUGGGGGGCGGCUCCCUGGGGGCUGUCUCCCCGAAUCCCCGCCCCCCCAGCAGGGAUCCCGCUUGCCCGGUAGUUGUGGGUUGUCCAAGACUUCGUGGCUGCCACGGCCAGGUCCUGGGCUCCCCCAAGGCUCCAGAGCAGGAGGAGCUGGGCGGGCCAAGCCACGGGCCGGGGGCUCAGGAAGUCUGCCCUGACGUGCGGCCCGCGCCCAGAGCCCCCCCCCCUGCCCCCCCUCCCCCGCCCCAGCUUCAGCCCCACCUGCAGGCCGGGAGCCCGGGAGUGUCCUCCAGGCCGAUGCUCCGCACGGGGGCGAUCUGCAUGGGGAGGGCUGGGGGAGGGUUCCACCUGGAACCAACCAGGGCCAGCGUGGUCAAGUUUGGCCCCUUGCCCCGGAGGCCCCCGCCUCUAGGGACAGGAGGAGGCCGGGACUGGCCCGACAGGGCCCUUCUGUGUCCCAACCUCGUGGGCUCCCACCUCGGGGGGCCGCCCGGCCACCUCCCCCUGGCGGGCCCAUUGCUCCCCCCUCCUCCUCCCGGCCCCCUUCUUGGCUCUUCCUUCCCCUCAGCCACUCUGGACCGUACCCUGGACCUCAGCCCGGGACCCGCCUUGGGUCCUGCACCUCCCGGAGGCCAGGAGUUCUUUGUCGGCCGCUCGGGCCAGAAACGCCCAGGGCUCCUGCUGGCCAGCCCAGGGGCUAGGAACUGGUCCCCCCCACCCACAGCUUGGAGCUUCCAGGGCAAUGUGCCCGGCACCCGGGCCUGGGGGCGCUGCCCUCCCUCCCCCCGGCCCCCCCCCCAGCCGGGCUGCAUUUCCUCGAUUGGAGUUGGACUUCGCAGCCUGCGCUGCCCGAGGGCAGGACCCCUGGAAGCCAGCCCUCCCCAGACUAGGAGCAAUGGGAGGAAGGGGCAUGAGGAGGAGGGGGCACAGGCCUGCAGGUGGGAUCUAGAUCUACCAGCUGCAGAGCCUCCAGCUAUGCAGACAGCGCAAUUCCCAGCUUCGGCUUACUCGGAGGGUCUCGAGCCCCCAAAGCGGGCUGGGGCCGGGAGGCAAAGGCGGGGAAAUAAGGCACGGGGGGCCCCAUCCUCCCCUCCCCCAUCGCUGCUCCAGCCAGCAGCCCCCACUUUGCAGGGAGUGCCCCCAGGGUGA